AACUGAGCCACCCAGGCGCCCUAAAACUUUUAAAUAUUUUAAAAGAAAACCUUGUAUGAGUAUUAUAAACACAAAACCGGUGCUGUGUAAAUUGGAAGGUAACAUACCAGUUGUCCCUGGGAAAAUCACAGAACCACUUGCACACCCAGGUGUCCCCGUGAUCCAGCAGACACCAGUCCUCACGGAGCCACCUUCUGGAGCAGGCAGGCGGGUGGAGGAGGGACUCUGGGCCAUUGACCCCCCGCCCCCCGCUUCUGGGAAGUGUGGCCCGCCUUGCUCAGCCUAGCCAUAGGUGUCUCCUGGCACUCACUGUUCUCCAGACCCACUCUGCUCCUUGGCCCUGCCUUCCCUCUGCAUAGAAACCCCCCCAAAGUGCAUGCACCCCCUGGAAACUCCUCUGGGCUUUCUGGCGGAGUCUGUCCUCCCCUGUGCCUGCCGACACUCGUUGUUGCUUGUCUUUGUCUCUGGAAGUGUGGGGUGUGGUGGGAGGGAGGCCUUGUCAGCUAUACCUUGGGCCUGUGCUGAUUUCCUGAGUCUCUGAGGGGGCUCUUCUGUAAAGUGGGGUGGGGUAGGUCCUGGCCUCAGCUUUGUGAGACCUGGUCCCCAGUGCAGGGCUAGAACAUGUCUCUACCCCCUCUUGUAGAACAUGCCCUCAGCUGGGUGGGGGCAUGGCAGGUGUGCUCCUGUUUCAGGGAGCUGGCCGUGUUGGCUGGAUGUUAGGGACUCCCUCUCCACAUUUCGUCUUCCUCACAGGUAAGAAUAAGAGAGUUGGAAAACAGUUAGCCUCUCAGAAAAUCCUUCAGCUGCUGCACCCACAUGUCAAGAACUGGGGGUCUUUACUUCGCAUGUAUGGCCGCGAAAGCAGCAAGAUGGUCAAACAGGAGACCUCGGAUAAGAGCGUGAUUGAGCUGCAGCAGUAUGCCAAGAAGAACAAGCCAAACCUGCACAUCCUGAGCAAGCUGCAGGAGGAGAUGAAGAGGCUGGCCGAGGAGAGGGAGGAGACUCGGAAGAAGCCCAAGAUGUCUAUUGUGGCGUCUGCCCAGCCUGGCGGUGAGCCCCUGUGCACUGUGGACGUGUGAGGGAGGCAGCAGGGGCAGGCGCAGGGACUGCCAGCUCUGCUGCCAGGGACACCACGCGCCGCUCACUCUGCAGCCUCCGGGCCUCUGAUCGGAGUUCCUCCCCUGCGGCCAGGCAUCUGAGGCCGGGGCCAGAGGGGUGGGGCUCUGGUGCACAGGGACAGCAGGGCCACGCAGCUCUUCCUUGGGGGCCGCCCACAGGUCUGAGUGGACGUGUUCAUGUUCAAGGAUGGACUCAGCUUGCCCACAUGGGUGAGAACCAAGAACUUGGCAAUAGCUGUGGAUGACCUCUGCCUCUGGGGACUUGCUGCAGACUGGUUUGAUGAAGGUUUUCCUGAGUGUCAGUAUGUAACAUGCACGGACAAGAAGUGACAGACUGAGAAAGUGGUGGCUGAGUCCUGUGGUGCCCUGUGCCCCAGGCUCCCACAGCGCACUGCAGAGGUCUGGUCAGAAGGUGUGCGCUGGCACCCCCUCCCCUGCCUCUUGUGUUUUCCCUUUUUCUCUGAAAAGGUUAUAACAGGAAGGAGUAUUUCAGACCUUUUUGGCUUAAAAUAAACACAAUUUUAGAAUCAACUAUUUUUCAGAAAUUGCAGGCAAGCCCUCAAGGUGAUUCUUUUCAAUCCUUGAAACAUGUUGCCAGUGUGAGUGUGAAGUCAGCUGGUCUCCGCCUGGCUUGUUGUCCGGGCCCUGGGCUGGCGUGUGGUCCAUUUUUUCUGAGUAAGUCUUAAUGUUCUAAAAACACGCCUUCUUAGACACCAAGGCCCCUUACCUUCACUGGCCUCUGGCAACUUUUUACUAAAGAUUUUUGCACAGUCAAGUCCAUCUGUCCACCCAUCAAUUUUUAAAGCUUUUAUGAUAUUUUAGCAUUUGGGAAGAAACUUUUACAGUGAGAGUAGAAGGUAGAUUUGGAAUCACGUAGCAGAUAUAAACAAGUGAAGCCUUUUAGCACGAGGAUUUUAGAAGAGGAAACCAGGACCGUUCGUGUAAUCUAUCCGUGGUCACAAAGUGACGCUCCUCUCCAGAGCUGGCACAAGCAUGUGGAGGGCGGCGGUCUUGCCUGUGACGAUGGCUGCACUGGAUUUCAGAGGCACCUGCCCUGCGCAGCCAGGCCUCAUGGCCACCUGUUCCUUUGACCAGCAGGCAGUGCUCUCCAAGUGGCUCCUGCAGAUAGGUGCAGGGGUAGGUGUGUCCUUGCCCUGAGCUGCGGGGGACGUGGGUAUGCUUGGGGCCCUGGGUUGUCCCCACGUGCAAGGUCGCGGUGGCCAUCCGCUUCCUGUGCCUAGGGCCUGUUCAGGGUGCCAUGUGCUCUCGGUGCACGGUCGGCUGCAGGGGCCCACCGCUGGGCUGCACUGUCCACGGCCGUGCCUGUUCUCCAUCACAUCCCCCGUGAGCACCAGCACGCAAAUGAUGGCAUUUGUUUUCAGGAAUCCAGAAUGCUGGUCUUGUGUGCCACCCACAGUGUAUCUCUCCCUUACCACCUAUGUGACUGAGGUUAGCUUCUGUGUUGACCUUUAUAAAAACCCUCAAAUCAAGUUGCUGUAAUUAGACACUUGCUUCUGUCUUGCCUCCUGUCUGCAGCUGUGAAUAAUCAUUUGACUAUGACUGUUAGCCCUCAGAACAGCCAGAUGCGCCAUUGUGAACCAAAGCUUCGUGCACACGUGUUAACUAGAGGCCGCGAGCCUUGCUGCAGCCUCCCCGUGUCCUUCCUGUGUCCGUGUGGGUGUGAGUGUUGUGUGCGCUCAGCCAUGCCCUGGGGGCGGAGGGCAGGGGGAGCCCGUGCUGAUGCCACCUCCACGUGGCCACUGGCCGUCACGUACCUUCCAGGCGGCGGCUAAACUAUGGCUGUGAGGGUGAGCCUUGACUGAACGCAUAAAGCAAAAUUGUCCCCAAA